UUGUAAUUACCCCAUCACACCAGCCCUCAACAUUUGCAGUGUGCACCGUCCGCACCGGGUACUUCGCACUACGCCCAUGGCCGAUAACGAGACUCCGCGAAACGGCGUCGACGCCCUUAUCAGCAGAGACGAAGGGCGGAGGUACUGGGAAGGGGUAGACGCCACGGUCAACGGCAUGCUCGGCGGCUUUCCCCACGUAUCAAGGGUCGAUAUCCGGGGCUCGCGAAACUUCCUGGCCAAGCUGGGAAUCGGAUCGAAGCCCGGUCAGCGCAUCGCCGCGACCGCGCUCGAGGGAGGGGCCGGGAUCGGGAGGGUCACCAAGGGUCUCCUUCUCGAUGGCGUCGCCCAGCAGGUCGAUGUUAUCGAGCCCAUUGCCAAGUUCACGAGCCAGCUCCAGGGCAAACCGGGCGUGAGGAGUAUAUUCAACAUGGGGCUCGAAGACUGGCAGCCGACCGAGGGUGUGCAGUACGACCUGAUCUGGGUCCAGUGGUGUGUAGGCCACUUGACUGAUGAGCAGCUGGCCCAAUUCCUCGUCAGGUGUACAUCGGCACUCAACCCCGACGGAGGCGUCAUAGUCGUAAAGGAGAACAACUCCUCCAGCGGGCGAGACGAGUUUGACAAUGUCGACAGCAGCGUGACGAGAGAUGACGGUACAUUCCGGCGCAUAUUCACCGAGGCGGGCCUUCAACUCAUCCAGACCGAAUUGCAGAAGGGCCUGAAUGUCGCCGGUGCAAGUCUUUUGCCGGUCAGGAUGUACGCACUAAAGCCCGCUCAAUCAAAAUGAAAGUCACCCGCCUUUCA